CCGAAGGAUAUCAUUCCACUCUAGUGAACGACACUCGCAAUCGCCAACAUCAGAUUGCCCUCACUAUUUCGCUUGUCCUGGUCACUUGUACUGUUUUCAUUCCCGUGAUUGUCAAAAGUCACUCGCCGCCGUUUCUUGGCACUCGCCACCCUGGGAGCACAACCCUCACCUGCAUCACGUUACGACAUCCCGUCGACACCUUCACAAUAUCUCGCACCCCUCGAGCGCACCUCCAAUUCAGCUCGUUAUGCGCCCUUAUUUCCCCGCGCAAUUCACCUAACCAUCGCAAUGGACUCCGACCAACCCGCCAACACUCCCAGAUCCCCUGAAGAGUCUUCUUCCUCCCGUCGCGAUGUCACACCGCCGUCCGAUCCCUUCGUCCCCCGGCCCGCCCGUCCAGGCUACUUGACAGUCGGCUCCGGAUCGACACCAGAAGCAGCGGCUCGUCUUGUAAACAUGCUCGAUCAUGACUCGGGAUAUGGAGGAAGUUUAGUCAAUGGCGAAACCUCUGGACCAAGCUGGCAUCCUAACAUGGGCGAAGACAGACCUACGCCGCCUCUCACUCCCUUCCUAAACGGCGGGGUAGGCUCUGCCAACUAUGACCGACAGCGCAGCCAUGUGCUGCAGCUGCGGUAUAACCAGAACAAGAAUGUCCUCGCGCGUGCCAUCCACGGGACCAUCGAGACGCUCCAAAGUUUCCAAGAGAUGAACAUGAAGUGGCCAGCGCACUAUCCUUCUGUACAGCCCGAUCCGAAGUCUCCCACAUAUAACCGUGCCGACCCCCGGCCUUCCCUCCAUCAUACUCAAUCCUCCCUGACCGACCUCGACCUCGAGCGCUCGGGUGGACGACCCCAGCCACCAAAACGAGCGGGCACAUCGCUGGGAGAAGCCACAACUGUGGCAGAGUCAAGUUCCGCCGCAGAACGGGAGCCGAAGCAAGAACCUAGAUUAGUCACGCCACAGCUUGCUCAUGAUUUUUCUGUGCUUAAACUAGAACUGCGUCUAGGAAGCCGGAACCAGACGGACUUGGUACACUCUCUAGAGAAGGGCUCGAUUGCUUCUCUGCUGGACGGCCAGAUCCAGCAGAGCAUUCGUCAUCUCUACGCCAUCAAGGAGAGAAUCGAGGACACGUCAAGCAAGGUCCUCGUAACCGGAGACCUCAACGCAGGAAAAUCUACCUUCUGCAAUGCCCUCCUUCGGCGGAAACUUCUUCCAGAGGAUCAGCAGCCAUGUACUAGCAUUUUCUGCGAGGUCCUUGACUUUCGGGAGAAUGGUAGCGUAGAAGAGGUCCAUGCGGUACCCAUUGGUUCCACGUACAACCGCCACGAUGAGAGUACAUACACUGUCUUCGAGCUGAAGGAUCUGGAGAAGAUUGUGACCGAUAACGAACACUUCUCACAAUGCAAGGUCUACAUUCAAGACAUUCGAUCUAUGGACGAAUCAUUGCUCAACAACGGAGUCGUUAAUAUUGCCCUUAUAGACGCCCCAGGCUUAAACGCUGACUCCGUAAAGACUACCGCAGUUUUUGCCCGCCAGGAAGAGAUUGAUGUGGUUGUUUUUGUAGUCUCUGCUGCUAAUCAUUUCACUCUCUCAGCCAAGGAUUUCAUCUUCAAUGCAGCCCGCGAGAAAGCAUACAUCUUCAUGGUGGUCAACGGCUUCGAUAAUAUUCGAGAUCAGCAGAGAUGCCAAGAGAUGAUCCUGAAGCAGGUUAAACAUCUGAGUCCGGCUACGUUUAAGGAGUCAAGCGAACUAGUCCACUUCGUAUCAAGCAAUGCUAUCCCCAUGAUUGCGGCAAGCAGUGGAAGCGGCUCUCCUGGCGACGGCGAUGGAGAUGAUGACCCUUCCGACAAAGGCAAGGGCAAGGCAAAAGAGGAGGAAAAGAUUCGCGAUUUCGCAGAGCUGGAAACAUCGCUGCGGCGAUUUGUCCUGGAGAAGAGGGCAAGGUCUAAACUUGCACCCGCGAAGACAUAUCUUCUGAACGUCCUAGGAGACAUCCACAACCUCGCCACCAUCAAUCGGGAUGUUGCUCAGUCGGAGCUUGACAGAGUGAAGAAAGAGAUGGAUGCUCUUGAACCAGAGUACGAGGAGUCGAAGAAAGCACGGACCGAAGCAGGCGAGACCGUUGAUCGUCUCGGCGAAGACACAACAUCAGAAGUUUACGGCUACACCCGAGAUACGCUGAACAACUGCAUCGCACGAAUAGGAGAACAGGACCAUGGAAUCUCAUAUCCAGGACUUCUCUCCGCCUACCAAUAUGCAGAGGAUCUCCGAGAUUCAAUGCUACAUGAAAUUUCCGAAACCGUGCGCCUAUGUGAGGAACACGCACGGCAACAAGCCGUACAAGGUUUCAAUGGAAUCAAGAACAUCGGCGUAAUCCACCUUGGAAACAACCUCUACGCUGAUAUCAUGUUCCGUCCAGAGAGGAUGUUCAGGAAACCAAUGCACGCUUUAGCCCGCCAGGUUGAUAUUGACAUCGAGCUCUGGGACUUCUUUGACAUUGCCAGCCUCUGGGAACGGCAGGAGAAGGUUGCCGGUACUAGCAUGGCUAUCACAGUUGCAGGUAUGGUUGGAGGUAGAAUGAUUGGUGGUGUUGGGUGGAUCGACGGUGUGUUUGGGGCCGCCAAGAUUAUGGGCUCCAAUAAUGUGCGGAAGCUCAUAAUACCUGGCAUCAUUGCUGGCGUCGCCAUCGGGAUAUCAUACGUCCUAACUUCAAUUCCUCAUUCUCUGCCACACCGCCUCAGCACAAAACUGUCGUCUCAGCUCACAGCAAUCGACUACACCCACGCCAACGCUCUUCGCAUUUCCUCGGAGCUCCGUCGUGCGCUCAAAGGCCCAGCCAACGAUGUCCGCAUCGGCCUGCAACGUAAUGUCGAGAAGCUGCAACUCAAGAAAGAAGAGACCAGCAAGUUUAAGACGGAAUCCGAAACCGCGAGAAAGUACUUUAGUAACUUGGUCCGCAGUAGCAAUGGUUUGAUGGAGGGUGUUCAGAGAGUCGAUCUAGAGGCUGCGCCGCCGGCAUUUGUGGGCGCGAAUCAUUAGAUGUGUGCGAGAUGUGUAGGCUAUAAUAGGAGCAGUGGAUUCGGAUUCGCUUACUCGGUGUGUAGUAGAUGAGUCGAGAUGUGAAACGCCAUGAUUCAACACUUCAUGAAAUGGCUGGCGUUAGGAGAUGGGUGGAUGGAUGGGGAUGGAUAUAUCACGAACCCCAACCAAGGGAACACGGAACAAGACUACUCAAUCUUUUUCUCCCGUAGGAAUACUACCUCCGUGCUGUACAUACACAAAAUUCUAUAUCCUCCUUUUGAAUACGAC